CGUAAACAAACCACUUUUCAAACAUUUAUUUGUAAUAUUAUGCUAUAAAAUGCCUAACUGGAAUCAAAUUCAGGCCCAAUUAAGGCACCCCGCUAAUCCUGUUGUAUUUUUUGAUGUGUCUGUUGGAACAACUGAAAUUGGACGAAUGAUAUUUGAAUUGUUCGCUGACGUUGUACCAAACACUAGUGAAAAUUUCAGGCAAUUUUGCACUGGAGAAUUCAGGAAGGAUGGAGUUCCUUUAGGGUACAAGGGCGCCAGCUUUCAUAGAGUUAUUAAGGAUUUCAUGAUUCAAGGCGGCGAUUUUGUUAAUGGUGAUGGUACUGGAGUUAUGAGCAUUUAUGGCGGAGGCACAUUCAAUGAUGAGAAUUUCACAUUAAAACAUGAUACUCCAGGUUUACUGUCUAUGGCAAACAGUGGGAAGGACACAAAUGGCUGUCAGUUUUUUAUUACAUGUGCCAAGUGUAAUUUUUUGGAUGGAAAACAUGUUGUUUUUGGUCGUGUUAUUGACGGACUUUUAGUGAUGCGGAAAAUUGAAAAUGUUCCCACUGGGCCUAACAAUAAACCAAAAAUACCUGUUACUAUUAUUCAGUGUGGACAAAUGUAGACUUAUGAAUUAAAUUGUAUUAUUUUCUUAAAUAAAACAUAAAUUAUUUGUUCAAUUAAA